ACAGAGGUCACACGGAAGUGACCUCCAGCCGGUCUGUGACGUCACAGGUCCAUUCAUAGUGGAGAGGAGCGUCCGGGCUGCUGGAGGGUUUCUACUGGUUUUAAUGGUCUCUGCGUCGGAGAAAAGCGUGCUGGUGACUCGUGACACUUCAGAGGAGUGACCUGGGUCUGCAUCAUGUCGGGGGAGGCCAGUUCUUCGGACGGGAACGGAAAGGUGAGCCGGGUCAUCAGGGUCGGGACACGCAAGAGCCAGCUGGCUCGAAUUCAGACGGACAGCGUGGCGGAGAAGCUGAAGGAGCUCAACCCCGACAUCACCCUGGAAAUAGUUGCAAUGUCAACAAUCGGAGACAAAAUCCUCGACACAGCGUUAUCAAAGAUUGGAGAGAAGAGUUUGUUCACCAAAGAGCUGGAGAACGCUCUGGAGAGGAACGAGGUCGACCUGGUCGUCCACUCUCUCAAAGACCUUCCCACCACGCUGCCUUCAGGGUUCACCAUCGGAGCCGUGCUGAAGAGAGAAAACCCCCAUGAUGCAGUUGUUCUUCACCCCAAACAUGUGGGGAAAACUCUGGAUACUCUGCCAGAAAACAGUGUGAUUGGAACGAGCUCACUGCGACGCGCCGCUCAGCUGAAGAAGAGAUUCCCUCAUCUGGUGUUCAAAGACAUCCGAGGGAACCUGAACACUCGUCUGAAGAAGCUGGACGAGAAGGAGGACUUUGCCGCCAUCAUCCUGGCUGCCGCCGGCCUCAAGAGGAUGGGCUGGGACAACCGGAUCAGCCAGAUCCUCUGGCCUGAAGACUGUAUGUACGCUGUUGGACAGGGGGCUCUGGCGGUGGAGGUUCGAGCCAGAGACACCGACAUCCUGGAGAUGGUGUCGGUCCUCCACGACCCGGACACCGUGCUGCGCUGCAUCACCGAGAGAGCUUUCCUCAGACACCUGGAGGGCGGCUGCAGCGUUCCGGUGGCCGUACACACCGAAGUGAAGAACUCCCAGCUCUACCUGACGGGGGCGGUCUUCAGUCUGGACGGAUCAGACAGUCUGAAGGAAACCAUGCAGACGAGCGUCGCUGCUAACGACAAGAGCUCGAACGCGGUGGACGAGCGGGUCCAGCGAGUCGGCGUCACUGCCGACAAGAUCUCGGGCGAGGCCCAGGACAGCGCCGAGCGGCUCGGGGUCGACCUGGCCAACCUUCUGCUGAGCAAAGGAGCCAAAGAGAUCCUGACGGUGGCCCGGCAGCUCAACGACGCCAGAUAAUCACCAACCAGGUCCUCGAGGCCCGGCGGUCCGAGCCCCGUGUCCAGUAAAGCCUUUUUUUUUUUUUUUUUUUUUAUGUUACACAUUUCGACGUUGAGAAGAAGAAUGGCGAUAGAUAAACAGAUUUUAAACACUACGUGGACCAAAGUUGUGCUCGUGGUCCGCUGCCUUUAUCAGUCUGUAGCUCUGGUGGACUUGGUUCGCCUUAGUACCUCAUGGAACCGUCUCCAUGUGGAGAACACUUCACCUGGAUUAUCAGAGAGAAACACAACAUGGCCUUCAGACAUUAUCCUCCAGUAAAGUCUGUCUGUUUGUUGAAUUGUCACAAAUUCCUGUUUUUUCAUGUCCCUCGGCACAACUUUAAACUCAGAUUUUAAACGUUGCACUGGGCCGUUGUGUUGCAACACUUUGUCUCUUUCAUGCAAUGUCACCACAGAUUAGUUUCCAGCACCGAGUCAUGGAUUUUUAAUGCCACAAUAAUUAACUGUUUAAAAGAGAACGUACUCAUCAGCUUUCAUGAACCAGCUUUAGGUUGAAUCGUGUUCGAGAUGUAAAGAAGCCAAACAAAUGUUAUUUAACUGAAAAACGUUGCAUUAACAGCUGUAAAUUUAAAACCUUAUCUCAUAAUUCUGACUUCUGUAUCUCAUAAUUAUAACAUAGUUUUCUUGUAAUUAUGAGAUUCAGUAUUAUGACUACUGUAAUGUUGAUAUUUGAUUUUGUAUCAUAAUUACAACAUGCAUAUCUACUAUUUAUGGCAUCUUUAUCUCGUUAUUAUGAGAUGUGUAUCUAGUUCUUACGGUAUAUAUCUAGAAUCUUAUUAUUAUUUAGUAGUUUCUUUAAUUCUUUUGAGAUAUGGAUGUCCUAAUUAUGAGAUGCUCAAUCAUAAUUAAGAGAUACAUAAGUCAUAAUAAUGAGAAUAAAUACUUUGGCGGACGUCGUUAUAGUUCAUCCGCAGCUAUUGAAACGUUUGUUUUUAUAAAAAUUAACAAAGAAAUUAAUGAAAUACAUUUUUGCUGUAAUGUUGACAUUCAAGAUGCUUAACUCCACAUUUUCAAACUUGAAUUCCAUCUUUUGUCUUAGUUUCUAUCAAAGUGCCAUCUCAUGAAUGUUAUUUCUGCCUUACAUACAACAAUGCCUGUUUUUCUUCUUCAUUCAUUCUGUACCACCAUAUUGUAUUAUUUUUAUUUUAUAGGUCUUUAUUGUACAUUAUACUUAAUUUAAAACCUCCUGAGGCAACGUGAGGCAGCAUUCGCCAUAUUUGUUUUUCAGCUUUAAUUUCUGUCUGAAUUAACGUAGAAUGUUCCUGAUUCUUUAUCAAAGUACUCAUCAAUCAAAGACAAAAUAUUAAUUCAUGAUGUCUUUGUUUUGCCUUUGAUAUGAACGUCAUGUCAAAUUAAAACCACUGUCAAGAAACAAAUGUUAAUAAAGCUACGUGUGUUAUACUCA